AUGGGUCUGUGGGUGCGCCUUUGCCCCUGUGUUUGUGGGGCCGACUGGCCUGGGCAAAUUUACAGGUGGUGUUUGCUGCGGUUGGGUUUUGAGAAAUAUGUUGCAAGUUUAGAUCAGCCGGAAGUGCAUCAGAAGCGCAUGGGCAACAUAGUGAUCCGCACGCAGCAGCAGCAGCAGCAGCAGCAGCAGCAAGAGGCUACUGCGAACGCGGCGCUCGGCGUCAGCAGUUGGAACAACUGCAUCCGCACCACCCAGUACACCUGGUGGAGCUUUUUGCCUUUGAAUUUAUUGUCGCAAAUUACCCAGCCUGCAAAUUUCUAUUUCUUUGUCAUGGCGAUUCUGCAGAUGGUGCCCGAAAUUAGUGACAGUGAUGGGAUGCCUACUUUUCUCUUUCCCCUGUGCCUCGUUAUGCUAAUUACAGCAGCAAAGGAUGCUUACGAAAACAUAAACAGGGCGCAGGCUGAUCGCGCGGAAAACCGCCGACUCUGCAGUGUAUGUACACCCCACGGCCUGCAGCAGGUGCUCUGGGAGAGUCUCAAGCCCGGCGAUGUCAUCAAGUUGAAUGUUGAUGAGUCCGUGCCCGCCGAUGUGGUACUUUUGAAUUGUUCAGACCCCUGUGGGGUCGCUUACGUAGAGACAGUGCAGCUUGACGGAGAAACGAACCUCAAAAACAAAACCUGCAUUCCAGCUGUGGCCAGAUAUGUCAAUAACGACGAAGACGCUGGAACUAUGAAUCUUGAGAUUCAUUACGAAGUGCCGUCGGCAGAACUGUACAAGUUCUCGGGCACUCUGCUGCUGCUGCCUUCUCCCGAACACAAAGCAGCAGCAGGAGCAGCACGGAACGAGAACCAAAACACUCGAGGCAACCUCCACACAGCAGCGUCUCCCGUGGUUUCGACCCACAGCAAUGGGGGGCAGCAUCUCUUGGACAAGCAGCAGCAGCAGCGGCGGACAAUGCAGCAACUGGGGACCACCCGAGGCAGCAAAUGGAACGAAAGCAGCAACGUGAACGACAGGACAGUGCAAGAGCCUCAAGACGCUCUUGUUGGUAUCAGUAGUGCUGCUGCUGGCUCCCCACACACCUCCCCGCAGCAGCAGCAGCAGUUUGCUGUGGACAUUUCCCAGUUUGUGUGGAGAGGGGCUACAGUGCGCUGCACAGAGUGGGUGUACGGUCUUGUUGUUUACACCGGCCACCAAACCCGAAUAAUGAAGAAUACGAAACAAAGAGAGCUCAAGUAUUCACGCACACAAGUGCUGUACAACCAACAUGCAGUGCUGCUGGCUGUUGCCCAGUUCAUUUUGUGCGCAAUAGCAGCAGUGGUUUAUGCAUCCAAAAACCAACACCUGUCAGACAACGCAUGGUACUUGGAUGCGCGUUGGGAGUCGGGACUGUCAAACUUCCUGACAUCCUUAGGAGUGGCAUUUGGUCGCUACGUGCUGCUGCUGAGCUAUUUCGUGCCUAUAACAUUAUUAGUGCAGCUUGAGGUCAGCCGCUGGUGCCAGGCGAGCUUCUUAUCUGCUGAUGAGCGUAUGAAAGCUUCCAGCCGCAGCAGCAACAGCGGCGUCUUGGGAGCCAGUAGGAGCGGCGGGGCGUCGGGGGAGGAGGGCGGGUCCGGCAGCAGCAGCAACAGCAGCAAGGGUGGCGCAGCAGCACAAUCUGUUGCCUUGAUGGAUGAGCUGGGAAGCGUCACUCACGUGUUUUCGGACAAGACAGGAACCCUCACUCAGAACCUCAUGCAAUUCAGGUGUCUAGGCAUCGAACACGAGGUCUACGGAUAUGAAGAGUUCGAAGAGGAGAAAUCGUUUGUUGUGUCAGAGAGCUGUAGUGAACUGCGUUGCAUGCGCUCUCGCGGCGCUUCUUUGACUUUAUCUGUCUGCGAAACUGAAGUGUUGAAGAAAGGAAAGAAGAAAGAUAAAGGAGCGAAAGAUGCUCGAGACGCUCUGAUGGUUUUGGCUUUGUGUCAUUCUGUUCUGCCGAAACCUUCGGCGCCUCUUCCUGAGCGGCUGGACAUUUCCUGCACUGCGGAACCGGCCGCUGGGACUGACGCUGCUGCAGCUGAUGCUGUUGCUGCAAGUGAUGGUACUGCAGGUGCUGAGGUUAGGGAACCAGUGCCGCACGUGCAGCAGCAAGAGCAGCCACAAGAGGCUCAGGAACGAGACCACCAGCAGAAGAAAAAGCAUGAGGAGGCGGCGGAUGGGGAGUUGCAGAAAGCGAAACAGCGGGAAGACAAUCAACAAACGCAGCAGGCACAAGCGCUCGUGCAACUGUCGCCAGAAGAGGAUUCACCUGGGGAAGCGCCAGCAGCAGAACCUGCUGUUGACGCCACUGCAGCAACGCCAAGAGCAACGGCAGGGACUCCUGCUGUUUCUGCUUUAAAAAAGAGGGCUGUUUCUGUCCGUUCUGUUCCCGUCUUGCCUUCCUUCGACUGGGGAGAUGGACCAGGGGGAGGCACAAAUUCCGAAGCUCGUGGGGGCGGCGACAGUGUUGCUUCUCGUGAAGUUGCUGCCGAAAGCGCUCCUCCACCCUUGCCUCACGUCUUUGACCCGCCAACAGAACACCACGGAAGGACAUGCAGCAGCAGAAGCAGCAACAGCAGCAGUAGAGUGAAAGUGCGUCGCAGUACCAGUUACAGCAGCUGCUACAGCAGCAGCUACUACAGUGACAGCAGCAGCAGCAGCGAUCUCAGCAGCAACAGCAGUGAUGGGGAGGACAAAGGUUUCUGCAAACCACGCGUUGCUGCUGCAGCAGGCCGCAGCUCCCGCUGCAGCAGCGGAAGGCUCAACAGCCUCCAGCGACAGUUCAGCACCAACAGCAGCAGCGGCUUGCGGAACACACACUGCUUUCGGUACAAGAGGGUACCAUCGCUGCAUAUGGAAGCACCACGCUUUAAAUCUGGUGCCGCCGCUGGUGGGGCGCUUGACCCUUCGGGCGGAACUCCGUCUGCUCGAGAGAGCCCCUCUUUGCCAGACCCAGCAGCAGCAGUAGCAGCGGCGGGCCCGCAAGUGCCGCCUGCAGCGUCGCCAUCAGUUAGUUUGCGGUCUCAGUUGUGUCCAGCUUCUUCUCAGCAGCAGCAGCAGCAGCAGCAACAGCAGCCAGACGUGACCUUAUGCCAUUUCCCCUUGGAGCUGGCAGCAGCCUACGACGCUUCCAGCCCGGACGAGCUGGCUUUGACAGCAGCAGCAAAGCACUUGGGGGCAGAAUUUGUCUGCAGGCCGAACUUGAACGCGAUCCAGCUAGCUGUGCGCUCCGAGCUAGCUGCAGAGGCUCUCCUGAGCGACGCAGACCGCCGCCGCAUAGAAGCCCUUGCUGCCGCCCACAAUGAGCAGCAGCAAAAGCCGCAGGACGUGGUGCCUGUAGUGAACAUAGAGCUGCUGGAGGUGCUUGAGUUCGACAACUACCGCAAGCGAAUGUCUGUCGUCAUCAGGGACCGCAACGGGCGGCUACGGCUGCUUAUCAAGGGAGCAGACACGAGCGUCUUUGCUGUUGCUGCAGCAGGACAGGAGGAAGCAAUUGCUGCGUGCAAAAUGCAGCUGGGCGAGAUGGCGCAGAGGGGACUCAGGACCCUCGUGCUUGGACAGAGAUUCAUAUCCGAGAGGCAAUUCGAAAAGUAUCAGGCAAGAGGCACAAUAUUGCGCCGCUACGAUUGCUGUUGUGGUGUUGUUGGUGCUGUUGCUGCAACUGGAGACGGUGGUGCUGCUGCCCCAGUUGCUGCUGUUUGUGUUGGCGCUGUCGGAGCGCUGCUGCUGUUGCGCAUCGCCGGAUAUUUGAAUGCAGCUGCGAAUCGCAACCUCGAGAUCCUCAAAAAGAUGGAGCUGAUGGCGGCCAAGGAUCAAACAGGAGAAAGCAAAGAGGCAGCAGUUGCUGCUGUCUUCGCCCGCAUGGAGAGAAAUAUUGAGCUGCUAGGCUGUACCGGCAUUGACGACAAGCUGCAGGACGAGGUGGUGGAAACAAUUGCAGACUUAAAAGCCGCGGGAGUCAAGGUGUGGGUUUUGACGGGGGACAAAUUGGAAACGGCGAUCAGCAUCGGCCACAGCUGCAGCUUACUGACGGACUUCACAUACAAUGCAAUAGUAGAUGGAAAGAGCGCAGAGGCCGUCAGGGAGCAGCUCCACCAAUACAUGUCGUAUAUAGUGGCGGCCCAACUGGCGGCAGAUGCCUUUGAAGUCAUUGCACUGAAGGCUCUGCAACAACAGCCCUCUGAGGUCAGCGACGAGCAACGCAGCAUUUCCCCCGAGCAGCAGCAGCAGCAACGGCGCGGCAUCCGCUGCAGCAAAUCCCCCGCUGUUUGCUUUAGGGCUCCCGGAGGCGGGGCCGACAGUGCCUCGGUGCACAGGGCUCGCAAAGCGGAGCCUCCAACGAUUCCUUGGGAGUCCUUUGUUAAAAUUUUGACAUUCAAUGCCACGAAGAAGGUCGUCAAGGCGGACCCAAAACAGCGUCGGAACAAGCGCCUUUCCCCGCAGCAAGUUGAAGACAUCGUCCAGGAGUACCUGGAGCACUUCGAAAGGGACAGCGAAGAGGGGAAAGCGCGGGAAAAGAAAAUGAAAAAAGAAGGACAGAGAAGGAAGAGUCUUUCUCGCAGUAAGAGCAAGAGGGACGAGGCCUUGACAGCUGCAGCAGCUGCGGAUUCGGGCGCUGCUGCACCAGCUGCAGCAGGAGCAGCGUCCGAGGAGCCAACACUCAGACAUGCAACUGGCGGCGCAGCAGCAGCCACGGAAACAGAAGAGGAGCAGCAGCUGAUCUGCCGAUCUACUACAGACAAAAGCACAACUGACAGGCUUAAUCCCUCCAGCACGUCCAUUGAGAUUCCGGCAGUUCAGGGAUACCAGGAGUGUGCUAUUACAAUAACUGGGGAGGCUCUGACGCAUGCGUUGUCAACAGCAGAAAACAGGCGGUACUUCUUUGGCUUGGCUUCUCUUUGCAAUACCCUCAUUGCUUGCAGAGUCUCGCCGAAACAAAAGUCGGAGGUCGUACACUACUGCCAGAGGUACCAAAGCAACACAGUAUCCCUAGGCAUAGGAGACGGGGCCAACGACGUGGGCAUGUUAAUAGCAGCAAAUGUGGGAGUGGGCAUAAGAGGCAAGGAAGGGCUACAGGCUGUACGCGCAGCAGAUUUCUCCAUUACUGAAUUCAAGUACUUGAAGAACUUGCUGUUUUGUCACGGGGCUGAGGCUCUUCGCCGCAACUCAUUCCAAAUAUAUCAGACGAUAUGGAAGAACGUGGUUUUCGGGUUGGCAGAUUUCUUUUACGCCUUUGUCUCGGCCUGGUCGGCCGCUGACCUGUUUAAUUCGUGGCUUAAACAACUCUUUAAUGUGUUAUACACCACACUUCCCGUGGUACUUUACUCCAUCUUUGACAGACAGCUGCCGAUGGAGGUCACGCUGCAAACUCCAGUACUCUACCCAGCUUUUGCAAAGCUGGGAGUCCAGCGGUUUGCAGGUGCGGGUUUAUUUUGGCGCUGGUUCGUCUACGGCUUGUUCACAGCAUGCUGCUGCGUCUUUAUUCCUCUCUACGGGCUGGGGUGGGGUGGCAUAAACCUUGAAAACGAUGGUCAUUUGAGCCUCACAGUUCGGUUUGAAGGCAGUUGCGUUUUUUGGGUGAUAAUUGUGGUCUGCAACUUGAUCAUCAUUCCAUACCUGCACACGUGGUUUUGGUUUAUAUGGCUAGCAGUGUUUUUGGACUUUGGAUUCUGGUUUUUGUCCGCGGGAGUUUGCCCUUUGGUCCCUGGAGAAUACUGCCCCGAUUUGUACGGAGCUCUGCGAGCGACGCACAUCUUCAGCCGCCACUAUUUCGCAGUGGCUCUAGCGGUGGUGGUGGUGCUGUUGCCUCCUUUCCUGAAUUGGUUUUAUGAGACAAUGUUUCGGCCUUCUGCCCAAUGCAUUAUUCGAGAACGCAUUGCCUUAGGCGUAUUUGACGUUGUGGUCGCCCCGAGAGGAAACGCAAAGACAGUUGUUGUGGUCCCGAAAACUCGCAGUGAAGAGUGGAGAGGAUACGCAUUUGCUGAGCAGGACCGUACUCGCCUUGGGCACCACCGUCUGUCUCUGAUGCACUACAGCAGCAGCGCACUUGCGCAGAACUCCGCUGGAAUGGAAGCAGCAGCAGCUGCUGCUGCUGCAUCUGCUUCGCGGCUCAACAAGGGCUUGUCACAACAGAACAGCAGCGGCUUGCGGCCAGGCAGCAGCUGCGGCACGUUGCCGCUCUUGCCAGCAAGCAGGCGCUCUCAGUCUGCUGCUACGAACGCAGCGCUGCGCAGCACGUGA